UGCCGUCACGGAAGGCGCGACCUCAUUCCUUAACUCCGCUCAAAAGCUCCAGUGAGAGCACAGACUGACAAAGCAUACUCAUCUCUUUCCAUCUCACCAAUUAGCCGAUCUACAUUGUCAUGCUGAGUUCAGAAUAACCGUCUUGGUGAUACAGCAAACUCAACAUCUAUAGCCUGCAAAAUGAGCUGUACAAGAGUUCUCCAUACCUUCAGUCACCCCCAGGGGCCCGUAACACCAGUCGACCUGGCCAUGUAUCUGAGCUUCGGCCAGCGCCAGCCCAUCUAUCAGCUGCUGUCCAAGACUCCUCUGAAGCGCCGUUGUCAGCCAAGCGACAGUCUACCAAGGACAAGCAUGCGCUCUCUGCAUCUGUCCUCCUCUGCUUCGUCGCGGUCCUCUUCCCCUGUGCCUUCGAUGCUGCGGAGCUGCAUCCGCAGGGACGGCUGCGCUGGUGCGAGCAAGAAGCGCGUGGUGUUUGCAGACGCUGUAGGAUUGGCGCUCACCGCCGUGCGCGUGUUCAUCUGUGAGCCGCCUUCCCCGGACCCUACCCUGGUGAUGAGGCCCUUUUUGGCCAAAGCGGAGGACCAGCAGACGCCCUCAAGCAAACUGCAGCGCCACAAGCUGCGGCUGGAUUUCCCUCAGCCUAUGCUCGACCUGAAGGGCUUCCUCGCACGUCUGCGCGAGACGCAUGUGCAGCUGGAGAGCUGCAACAUAGCCGAUCACUCGUUGAGUGGCAAGGUUUGUGUCGCCAGUGUCGGCAUGGAAAAGGCCGUGCACCUGAAGGUGACCUUUGACUCUUGGCGAAGCCAUCACGACGUUCCCUGCAGGUUCAUGCAGCAGCAGCGCUGCUGGGGUUCUGACACAGACAUGUACACCUUUGACUUGAGCCUACCCCAGAACAUAGAUCCAAAGGAGAGGAUCGAGUUUUGCGUGUCAUUCAGGCCGGGACCUGGUUCCACGACACACUGGGACAACAACAGGGGACAGAAUUACAGGUUGUGUGUGGACAAAGAAGGCACCAACAGCGUCCAAGUCAGCACUAAACGGUUUUACCCUUCACUUUCAAAGCAUCGGCCAGCGUCGCUGUUUUCCUAUGUGUCCGACACCAUGCGCAACCCUGCUGAACUACCGUACCUUCAGAAGAGUUUAUCGAACUCGGUCAGAGCGGAAUGGAAAACUCUAUGUCCAGCGAAGUAAAGGCAAAGACCACGAGACUCUGUUGAUGUGUGAACUGUCUGUUGGGUGGUCUGAAGCCCACUGUGCCAACUGUUCAAAUAUACUGUAGCUCAACCUCUUGAGCUGCAUUGCCUGCUUUAAAUAACAGCUUCUGCAUUAAUAUUUUGAUUAAAUAUUUUUUUCACAAAAA